AUGGAGCUGUACACUGGACUACAGAGGCUUGACGCUUGUGUUGUCGUCUCCUCAGGGUCUCUUGAGGUGGUGUUCAUCAGGAUGUGUCGUGCCUUUGACUCUCAGAACAGCACCGUCUACUUCGAUGGGAAGUACGCUGGGACCGACGUCUUCAAAGCAUUAGGUUGUGACGAUCUGAUUCGCUUAGUCUUUGAGUUUGGGAAGAGUAUGUCUGUCAUCCAUCUCUCUGAGGAGGAGAUCGCUCUCUUCUCCGCGUACGUCCUGAUGUCUGCAGAUCGGACGUGGCUUCAGGAGAAGGUGAAGGUAGAGAAGCUACAACAGAAGAUCCAGCUGGCUCUCCAACAUGUCCUUCAGAAGAACGGCAGAGAGGACGUGGUUCUCACUAAGUUGAUAUGCAAAGUGUCGACCCUGCGGGCGUUAGUCAGCCGGCACACAGAGAAGCUGACGGCCUUCAAAGCAACCUACCCAGACGUUGUCCAAGCCCACUUCCCUCCACUAUACAGGGAGCUGUUUGGCUCAGACUUUGAACAGGUCUCCAUGUCCAUAGACGGCUAGCCGAAGACCCCGUCGGUGACCUACCGUACUGUAUCUGCCCUGUACUGUAGUUUACGUCAUGGAGCCAGUGUUGAUCUUUGGGAGACAGAGAGACACGUUGAAUGAGAGACACUCAGACAGUGCCUUGGUCCUGGCUCUAACUUGCUCUUACCUGGACAGACACCCAACAUUUCUCUGUUCAUGUUCGUCUGUCUUCUCCUCUGUGUCCUCCUGGAUCAUGAGUUGGUUGGGAGGUUUCUGGGAGGAAAAAAAAACAUUCAAGCACUUAGAAAACCAACAGCCUUUCCUCUCACAACAACAAACCUAUUGGGAUGGGGAGAGGAUUUAGUCACAACCCUUACCUAUGGACAACGGUGUGAUGGAGAGAGGAUUUAGUCACAACAUUUACCUGUGGACAACGGUGUGAUGGGGAGAGGAUUUAGUCACAACCCUUACCUAUGGACAACGGUGUGAUGGAGAGAGGAUUUAGUCACAACAUUUACCUGUGGACAACGGUGUGAUGGGGAGAGGAUUUAGUCACAACACUUACCUAUGGACAACGGUGUGAUGGGGAGAGGAUUUAGUCACAACACUUACCUGUGGACAACGGUGUGAUGGGGAGAGGAUUUAGUCACAACACUUACCUGUGGACGACGGUGUGAUGGAGAGAGGAUUUAGUCACAACACCUACCUGUGGACAACGGUGUGAUGGAGAGAGGAUUUAGUCACAACACUUACCCAUGGACAACGGUGUGAUGGGGAGGUGGUGUGGAGUACUGCACCCCUUCGGGUUAACAUUACCUUCAAAGCCAUCUGCUAUUCAACCUUCACAACAGGAAGAGGAA